GAUCCAAAAAGUUUUUUUUUUUUUUUUUUUUUUUAAAUCUCAAUGGACUGGGCCUUGGGCCAUACAAACUUGGAAACAGAUACAAAAAAGAGAUCGGAAAAUGUCACCAGAAAAUAGAACGGAAGCUCGGAACUUGUUGAUUCCCAGUGGCAGAGAACCAUUCGCACUAGAUCCGGUGGUUUCAAGGUCCACGACUUUGAGGCAUAGAAGAAGGAUUGAAAACCACCAUCGGAAGAAACCAAUUUCCGACGAUGCACCUCACCGUCGACUCACCAAACCCGCCACAAACCUCCCAGAAAACUCGACUCUCCGACUCACCGGCUCUACGACGAUAGAUCCUGACCAAGCAAUCAAUUGAUUGAUGAUACACAGACAAAAUUCAGAUAUUCAGCGUAAUCAAUUGAUGAUAACUAAUAACCAACCAUCGGUCUUAUCAACUUAUAGAACAAAACAAUUUAUAACUCCAUUUGGUGCUAUUUAGUUAGCUUUUCUUUAAAAGUCGAUUCGGUAUAAUUCAAAAGAAAACGUAAUGAGAGUGUUUCAUAAACAGAGUUGGUUCGAUUUCGGUUUGGUUUGGUUUGGUUUAUUCCGGUUCUC